AUGGAGAAUGAUGAAGGCAGGCAUGACAAGGGUGAAGGAAGCAGUGAUACUAAGAGAGUGAUAGAAAAGGAAACUAUAGAGGAUGAAAUGAUUGAAGCUAUGGAGGAUGAAAUGAUAGUAAAUCAUGGUGAGAAGCCUGAAGAGGUGAAAGAAUGUGAUGCGUCACUUGAUCUUCCUAUAGCCCUGAGGAAAGGUACCCGUUCAUGUACUAAAUAUCCUAUGCAUAGUUACAUGACAUAUAGUAAUCUGACAUCCGAGUUCAAGGCUUUUACUACUAGCUUGGACACUGAGGUGGUUCCAGAUAACAUAAGUGUUGAAAUGAAAAAACUAGAAUGGUGGUCUGCUGUUAUGGAAGAAAUAAGAUCUCUGGAAAAGAAUAAAACCUGGGAACCAGGAUAUAUUCAAGGACAUUCCGAUCACACUCUUUUUGUAAGAAGAUCAACAUCAGGGAAAAUAGAUAUUCUUAUUGUCUAUGUUGAUGAUAUUAUUUUAUCUGGGGAUGAUGAUGUAGAAGUCACAAGACUAAAAACAGAGAUGGCUAGAGAGUUUGAAAUUAAAGACCUCGGGAAGCUAAGAUACUUUCUGGGAAUAGAAAGGGCUCGCUCAAAAGAGGGUAUAUCAGUUUCUCAACAAAAAUAUACACUGGAUUUGCUAAAGGAAACAGGUAUGAUUGGGUGUAUACCUAUUGACACGCCAGUAGAAUGCAAUACAAAAAUCAGUGAUAAGAAUGAUGGAAUUCCUGUUAAUAAAGAAAGGUAUCAGUGA